AUGGAGAUUUGGAAACUCUUGGCUGUAAUCAUCAACCUGCUGGCCCUGGCACACAGUGUUCAGGGACUAUCUUUCACACUUGACAAGGAACACUGGAUAUCUGAAAACUGGCAAGAUGAACCUUUUGAGGAGCAGUUAGCCAACCAAGUGGAGAGCCUUAUCAAAAGAUCAAAAUCUCAACAGUUUUAUGGACUCAUGGGAAAACGCUCGGAGGUAUCACAACCCGUACAGGUGGAUCGAAGAAGGAAUAAAGGGGGCAUGUUUGUUGGACUCAUGGGCAGGCGAUCUUUAAGAGAUACCUUCACAAGACUAAAUCCUACUGAGAGAGGCACAGCCCCAGAUGCAGCUGAAGAACCGGGAAAGCGAUCAGAUUUACAAGAAAAAUGGAGUAAACUUCAGUACUACUGA